AAUCAUGUUUAAUUACAAUUAUCCCCCAGGACCAAAUCCUGGUUAUUCAGGUUUUCCCUUUCCUCCCCCAUUUCCAAUCAACUAUCCCCAGAAUUUUCUCCCACCACAAAAUUUCGUCCCAAAUUUGUUUCCCUCUUCUUCAUUUCAAGAAAAUUUCCAAAAACCUUCAAUUAAUUUAUUGACAAGAAAGCGAGAUGCGGAAUUUAUAAAUAAUUUCAUCGAUAACGAAGAAAAUCCGUGUCAAUUGAAAACUACCGAGAAGGAAUUACCAAAAAUAUCAGAAAUUAAUGAAGCUGUACGAAUUAUUUACAAACUGAAUCAAUCAAUAAAAAGUAUUUGCACUGAAAUGAAGUAUAAAAAUUUACCUGACAACGAGUGGCAAACGAAAAUGGAAAUAGCGAAAAAUUUGAAGAAUCAAGUAGAAACAUUGUCAAUUAUGUUUGAGGACGAAAAAUUUAUGGAGACAAUGAAACGUAAAUUGUCGAAACGAAAGAAAAAGCGUUUGCGAGAAAAAAGAAAACGCGAUGCGAUUCGUAAUGAAAAUAAAGAGAGACGUGAACGAUUAAAUGUUGAAAUUGAUAAUUGGAUUAAAAAGAAACAGGAUUUAAUUGCAAGGGAAAAACAAGAGGAGAUAUUGCGUAAAGAUGCGGAUAUUGUACUUGCCGAUGUUCGUGGUAAACGAAGUGAUGCAAAAAAAUUCUCCUCACUUUUAAAGGAAAUGCAAAAUUUUCGUAAUGUUAAAGUCAAAAUUGCUCGAGCACGGGGUGAAAAUUUCCCUCAAGCGGCCGAUCAAGCAUUCAACAAUAUCAUUGGCAAACUUGUUGAACACUGGACGGCGCUAGAUCGAGAAUAUUCUCUCGAGGAGCAAGGAUUAAAAUUAAUGAUACAAACUGACAAUGAAAAAAAGGAAGAAACAAAAAAGAUGCACGCUUUCAAUAAUUGGGAGCAAAUUCUCUUUGGACAGCGAUUGCCAAAAAAUGCUUUUCUUCAAAAUAAUCUUCUAAACUUCGUAACAAUCAGGACAAUGUGGGACAAAUUCUAUGACACAAAUGGAAAACCAAUUCCAAUGGGAUGGGUGGUACCUGUUCCUCCUUCAUCAGCCGCGUGGCAAACACUUCUUAAAAAGUCCUGAACGCUUAAUAGGAACUUUAAAUUAAUAAAUUGCGAUGAUUAAUUAAUUUUUUAAACAUGUCAUUAAUUUGUAUUUUUCCGUGUUGUAUUUAAUUCACUAUAUUUACUAAAUUGUAUUUUCAUUACUUAAACGUUUAAAAAUAAAGUUUUUCUCUCUUUUUUUUAUUUUAAAAACUA